AUGAAGGUUGCCAUUAAAGAAUGGAAUGCCGUUGCUACUUGGCAUUGGGAUAUCCCCGAGGAUGAAGUGUGUGGUAUCUGUCGUGUCCAAUUCGAUGGCACCUGCCCUACCUGCAAAUUCCCUGGCGAUGACUGUGCCCUUGUACAAGGAAAAUGUAACCACGCGUUCCACAUGCAUUGCUUAAUGACCUGGAUUGACCUGGAGACUUCCAAGGGAUUAUGUCCAAUGUGCCGACAAAGUAUGCUUCUUUUGUUGUUUUCCCCCUCUGUGGAUACCAAGCUAAUUGCUCCUAGAAUUCGAGUUCAAGGGCAAGGAAUAAUGGCCUUGAUCUGUGUUUGUCUUCUCGUGAUUAUCAAGGUGUUGCCGGACUAA